CUCGGUCGGCGUCGAAAAAAACCGGCGGGUGGAUCGGGCGGAUCACGUGCCGGGCGCUUCCCCGCAGCCGUCGCUUUGCGUCGGCUCAAGGGGUGCGUCGGAGGCCCGUACAAGAAGCUGAGCGGCUGGUCGUCGUCACUGAUAAUUCUGGCUCCGUGACCCUUCGCCUUUUCUGCUCAUUUGAAUAUGCGACUUGGCCUCUCUACACACUCUGUUUGUGGUGUUGACCCAAUCUUGCAGUAGCAGAAGUACUAGCAUCAGCGCCAUCCUCGACCAUGCCGCUCUCGUCUCUUCUCCGCACUUCGACCCGCCUGGGGCCGACCGUUGCUCGGAGAUCCAGAAGAGCGGCCUCCACCGUGUCUUCCGCAACCCCCAAGGCCCCAAAGUCGCUGGAUUCCAUUCUGAUAGCCAAUAGAGGAGAAAUCGCACUACGAGUCGGACAGACCGCCGCUAAACAUGGGAUCCGAGUAACCACCCUCUACACCGACCCGGAUAGCCGGGCGCAGCAUGCGCUGAGCUCGCCCUUUGCAUACAAUCUGGGGUCGGUCUCUGCCUACCUCGAUGGAGACCGGAUUAUCGAGAUUGCCAAGAAGGAAGGCUGCCAAGGGAUACACCCGGGCUACGGCUUUCUGAGUGAAAAUGCAGCCUUUGCACGGAAAUGUACAGAGGCAGGGUUGGUCUUUAUUGGCCCGCCCUGGAAAGCUAUCGAGGACAUGGGAGACAAGAGUCAGUCAAAGAAGAUCAUGACGGCGGCUGGGGUGCCUUGUGUGCCAGGCUAUCACGGUGAUAACCAGGAUGUCAACUUCCUCGAGGCCGAGGCCGACAAAAUCAAGUACCCCGUGCUCAUCAAGGCCAUCAAAGGUGGCGGUGGUAAGGGGAUGCGUAUCGCUCAAACCAAGGCCGAGUUCCAAGCGCAGUUACAAUCCGCGAAGUCGGAAGCUAUGAACUCAUUUGGGGAUGACCACGUAUUGGUGGAGAAGUACAUCACUACACCCCGGCACAUUGAAGUUCAAGUCUUCGCAGACAAGCACGGAAACAGCGUUGCACUGGGGGAGAGAGAUUGCAGUAUCCAAAGAAGACACCAAAAGAUUCUGGAAGAGUCUCCUGCUCCGCAUCUGCCUGCCGCGACCAGGAAAGACAUCUGGACCAAAGCCCGAUCCGCCGCGCUGGCUGUGGGCUACGAAGGCGCCGGCACCGUCGAGUUCAUCUUUGACAACGACACCGGCGAGUUUUUCUUCAUGGAGAUGAACACCCGACUCCAGGUGGAACACCCUGUAACCGAGAUGGUUACCGGACAGGAUCUAGUGCACUGGCAGCUCAAGGUAGCGGAAGGCGCCCCACUUCCCUUGACCCAGGAGGAAGUGGAGGCCUACAUGGCGAGCCGAGGGCAUGCGAUUGAAGCGCGAAUCUACGCGGAGAACCCUGACCAAGGGUUCAUCCCGGACUCCGGCACUCUGCUCCAUGUUCGGACCCCCGCAAUUACCGAUGAUGUUCGGAUAGAUGCGGGUUUCGCCGCAGGCGACGAAGUCUCAGCACAUUACGACCCGAUGAUUGCGAAGCUGAUUGUGAGAGGCAGCACGCGAGAAGAGGCAAUCCGCAAACUUGCAGCCGCACUGGAGGAGUACGAGAUCGCGGGUCCCAUCACCAACAUUGAGUUCUUGAAGUCCAUUUGCAGAAGUUCCGAUUUUAUCACGGGAGACGUGGAGACCGGGUAUAUCGAGAAGCACCGGGAAGAGCUGUUCACAAAGGAACCAAUUGAACCUGAAGUGUUGGCACAGGUGGCCCUGGCCUGUCUUCACCACGACUCUGACCCGAGAUCUCGGACGCAAGCCAGCUUUGAAGGCUCCGCUGUCGGCUUCGGUCCCGGAUACCAGGCACGCCAGAUUUCGUUCGCAGAACUGACACCCGGAACAAAGAAUGACUCGAAGUUUGACGUUCGGGUACAACAAACAGGCGACGAUACAUUCAACAUUGACGUCGGGGGAAGCGUGUUUGAGCAAGUAGUGAGCCAUAGCGACCCAGCCUCGAGCGUUAUUACCUCCUUCUUCCCGCAUACCCGUCUGGACACGACGGUUGUUCGCGAUGGGGACACAAUCAUUGCCUUCCAACGAGGCACGCAGUACCGGUUGACGAUCCCGCGGGCCAAGUGGAUGGAGAAAGCGCUCGGGAUGAAGGACGUCAAAAACAGCGUUCUAGCCCCGAUGCCGUGCAAGGUGCUCCGGGUGGAAGUUGCGGCCGGUGAUGUGGUGGAAAAGGAUCAGCCACUGGUGGUGAUUGAGAGUAUGAAAAUGGAAACGGUCAUCCGCAGCCCACACCGGGGAACAAUUUCCAAGGUGGUACAUCAACAAGGAGUAAGUCACGCGGUCCCCUCCUCUCCCCUGCCCCUUUAUUGCCCAGCCAGUCGAUCAGGCCUCGUCCCUGUGCGCUUAGCAACGGGUUUGACCCUGGGGUCUGGAGCAGCCAGACCUGUCCAGGUCGGUCAGGACUCCGGGCUCGAAGAGUGAGGCACCGGGGUUUCCCCUUGAAGCCACGGACACGGAAAGCCGGCCCGUGCACAGA